AUGCCACGGAAGGCUCAUAAGAGGCAAAAAUCACAGCCGCAUGGUCCGCAGCAGCCUCAACACCAUGUCGUGCAACAGCUGCAACCACACCAACAACAGCAACAGAACAACCACACAAGCGAUGGACCCCCGGUCGAUAACCAGCACCCAGCCGAUGUCCAUAUACCUACAGAGUCUAUCGACGAGAUGAACUUGCGCGUCUUACAAUGCUACGAGCCGACGAUUCGAAGCAUCGAGGCUGUGGCAGCCAGCUCCGUUGUCUACGCAAUCAACGGCGAGGCAGGUGGCUGGAUCAAGGCUGAUCCGCAGAUUGAGGGCACCCUUUUCCUGUGCGAACAAGAACCGUUACAAAUCGAGGAGUUUGUUUUACCACGGGCUUGUGUGUUCGUGCUCAACCGCAAAGGUCUCAUGAACGUGGUGGUGGACCUGGCGCGGGUCUGCAAGGCCGAGGUCCUCGGGGAUCUGAUCACGCUCGGCAUUGAGAACGAAGAAACGGCGUCAAAGGGGCCAGACGGAACAAAUGGGGCAAGUGGGCAGCAAGUGCUCGGUCUAUGGAUUCACGGCAAUGGCACAACAGGCAGCGGAUCGGGAAUGAGUGGUCCUCUGUUUGACCCCGACAUGGUAGUGCGACGGUGGCAGGCGGUGCAGGUAGCUAUGGUGAACACCUUGGGCUCUUCACAGCUUUUGGACACGAUGGGAUUCCUCGAUACCGCAGCCACGAUGGCCAAGGUGAAGUUAACAGGCCUGGGGCUCAACCCAGAUGGUAUAGCAACAACUGCGGUAGGGCCUCAGCCGAACGUGAAGGAACUGAUGGCCAUGGUGUUAGGGCAAACAUCAGGACGGGGCCUGGGCCAAGAAGGAUCAUAA